AUGUUUUUUGCCGCAAAAUAUAAAGAUCCAACAACUGAUGAAAAUGGAGAAAUGAUUAGUGGUGGCAUGGAAAAGUUGCGUGAACAAGAUUCAAUUCUCUUCUCUUAUUUACCAACUAAAAUUUCCGAAUAUAAAUUUCCAGUUCUAAUCAAUGCUAAUUUUCUAACAAAUGUAAAUCGAGAACAAAUUCAUACAGAUUCUGUGUGGAAUCAAUGGUUGUUGUUUUAA